AUGAAUUCCAAUGACGCGUUCGACGGUCGGAAUAGGUUCCCCGAAACAAACACAGAUGAUGACAGGAAUAUACAUAUGACCGACUCAUUUCUAUCGAGUAGCGAAAUUUCAGGUAGUGACAACGAAGACGAACAAAACAAUUCUCCAAUAGAACGACAUAGUUUAGUCGGCCGCGGACUUUCACCUUCAACUAAUAACAAUCUCACUUUUUUUCCUUACUCAAACCGAAAGCUAACGCGAAGUGCAAGAACUUUGAAUCUAUCUUUAAAUUCGACAAAACAACCCAUGAAUGAGGAUUGUGCUACAAAUCCCAAUCUAAUACACAUACAUGAAGAAAAUGACAAUGUUGGCCUGUACAUAAAUCGCUGGUCCCCCUUUGAAGACAAUAAUCCCACUACGCCGACAUUGAAACGUACUGCAUCCAAAUCCGAGUUAUCACCAUUUGUAAAGGACCCGGCCACGCUGAGGAAAUGGAAAUACAAAUCGUCAUCUAGUCUGAAAAAGGAAUGGCCUAAUUCCAACCAGGAAAAUGAUGUGGUUGAUUCAUUCAAUGCGCCAGUAACCGCCUCUUCAAUACCGAAUCCGAACACAAUACACACCAAGGCUCUACGAUCCAAAAUCUUGCAGAAACAAACCUCUGCACUAUACCCCAAAAAAUUAACGAUACCAAAUACCCCAGUUAAGAAGUACCCUCUAAUGGAAAAACAAGUCAAUACACACCGCCCGUUUCUAAUGGAGAGACCAAUGCUUUCCCCUGCGUUUCGUAACGGUGAAGAUUUUACCAGUGACUCCAGUUUUGCGGAACCCAAUAACUCUCAAUCACCUUUCAACAUAACGGUACCAAAGUUGCCGCUUUCAGAAACUGUAAUAAACACCUCUCCACUGAGUCCAUCGUUCCACCGAAAUAAUGAUAAAUUAAUAGCCUCAAACGAAUAUGAUGCUCACUCUCCACAACAUGGACUGAACAUUUUUAAAAAAAUCAAAAAAUCAAGAGACUCUGCUGUUCUUAAGAACAUUGAACUGUCCAACAGUCUCCAGCAGUUCACUGACGACUUAUAUGGUACAGAUAAUGACAACAAUGCACACAAUAACAAUGGUUCAACUACCAAGCUGGCUAAUGAUACUGAUGAUAAACGAAACUUUGAUGAUGACCGAAUAUCAUACAUCAUGAAAUUCCCUCCACCCUUAAAACUUUCCACAAAAAGGGCAUCAUUAUCCCCGAUCAGGACAUUAGAUAGUGAUUCAGACCAAUGUCUAUCGACUCCAACAAGGAUGAAAAACAUCAUGGGAACGAAACCAAGGCUGUCAUAUGAAGAAGGAAAUACUGAUGGUCAAAAAACUCAUUUACCCUCUAGUAAAACCAAUCGGAACAUCAACGCCAAGGUUAAUUACACACAGCCCCCCUUGAACCCCGAUACUCAUUUGUUCGAAAAGUUUAGUAACGUUCAUGUCAUUGGGGAAGGAGAGUUCUCUAGAGUAUAUCAGGCAACAUUCCCAGAGACCAGCAAAAAAUAUGCCAUAAAGUCGCUUACACCAAACCGUAAGAACCCCUUGAGCCGUAUUCUUCAAGAAAUAAAACUAUUAGCCGAGAUUCAAGAUACGUCUCUGGACCAGGAAGGCAAGGAGUAUGUUAUCGAGUUUAUAAGUUCAUGGAAACACAUGGAUACUUUCUACCUAAUGUGCGAGUAUUACGAGAACGGAAACCUUGACAAAUUUCUACAAGAUCAAGUUGUUGCGAAGAAUACAAGACUGGAUGAUUGGAGAAUAUGGAAAAUCAUGGUAGAACUUUGCUUAGCAUUGCGGUUUAUUCACGACUCUUGUCAAAUCGUUCAUCUUGAUCUAAAACCUGCAAACAUAAUGUUAACGUUUGAGGGGAAUUUGAAGCUUGGUGAUUUUGGUAUGGCGACACACUUACCACUGGAAGAUUUAAGUUUUGAGAAUGAAGGUGACAGGGAGUACAUAGCACCCGAAAUCAUUUCAGACAGUAUUUAUGAUUUCAGGGCUGAUAUUUUCUCUCUAGGACUCAUCAUGGUUGAGAUUGCGGCAAAUGUUGUACUCCCGGACAAUGGUAAUGCGUGGCAUAAACUACGAUCUGGAGAUUUGUCUGAUGCGGGUGGACUGAGCUCGAAUGACAUCCAUUCCGAAUCAUUUUUCUCAGAGAGUACAAAAGUCGACACAAACUUUGAAUUCAACGUGCAUUCAGCAAUGGGGGACAGCAGGAACUUAAGCUCACCAAAUAAUAGCCGAGCAGCCACAUCUAGUUCUGAAAAUAGAAACAUACCUGCGUGGGUACCUAAGUUUUUGAUUGACGGCAAAUCAUUAGAAAAAAUAGUGAAACACAUGAUCGAUCCUAAUUAUAACCGUAGACCUACCGCUAGUCAGAUCCUAAACACCGAGGAAUGUCGGUACGUGGAGCGAACGAGGAACGCUGGCGCAAUUAUCCAGGAGGACGAUUUUGGGCCAAAACCAAAGUAUUUUGAAUAA